UGGCGCGUAUUUGUAACCCACUUUUGUUAUACAAUUUUACAUAUUCUAAAUUAAAACCCAUAUUAUACAGCGCAAAAAUGGCAUCGGAUGCAAAAAAACCUAAGUUGACAGAGUCAGUUCCAUCAGAAAGUAAAGGAAACGCAUCAGAUAUCGAAGAGUUUAUGAAGAAGUUACAAAGCAAACGAGACGACACCGCAGAGUCGAUAUUAAAGUACAAGUUUAAUAAGAACCGCUUAAGAAUAGUGUCUCAGGAACAGAUGGUGCAAGAGAAUUGUGAUGGAAUCGUGUAUUGGAUGUCCAGGGACAGCCGCGUGCAAGACAACUGGGCUUUUUUAUUUGCCCAAAAACUCGCCUUGAAGAACGAAGUACCUCUUCACGUGUGUUUUUGUAUUAUUGCAAAAUAUCUAGACGCAUCUGUGAGACAAUUUCACUUUCUUUUGAAAGGUUUAGAGAAAGUAGCAGCAGAAUGCAAGAAAUUAAACAUAUCAUUUCACCUGCUAGAAGGCAGUGGAGCGGAGGCAUUGCCUCAGUGGGUGGUGGAGCAUAAUAUUGGAGCAGUGGUGUGUGACUUCAACCCACUCAGGACUCCAAUGGGCUGGCUGGAAGGCGUCAAAAAGAAGCUUAAAAAAGAUGUCCCCUUAAUUCAGGUAGAUGCCCAUAAUGUAGUCCCAUGUUGGGUGGCAUCAGAAAAGCAGGAGUACUCCGCGAGGACCAUCAGAAAUAAAAUCAACACAAAGCUUGGAGAAUACCUUACAGAGUUCCCACCAGUCAUCAAACACCCUUACACUGCCAAAUUUGAACCUGAGCCAAUAGAUUGGGAUGAAGCGAUAGAGAGCCGUGAAGCGGACAAGACUGUAGGCCCAGUGGAGUGGGCUAAGCCUGGCUAUGAUGAAGCCAUCAGGAUGCUGAAGAGCUUCCUCGAUAAGAGACUCAAGAUUUUCUCAUCCAAGAGAAAUGAUCCUACUCAAGAUGCUUUGAGCAAUUUGUCACCGUGGUUUCAUUUUGGUCAAAUAUCAGUUCAACGUGUAGCCCUCUGUGUCCAAGAGUUGAAAUCCAAGCACACUGAGAGUGUUAACGCAUUUCUAGAAGAAGCCAUUGUGCGUAGAGAGCUAGCUGAUAACUUCUGCUUCUACUGUGAGCACUAUGACAGUUUGAAGGGCGCCAGUGACUGGGCUAGAAAAACACUUGAAGAUCACAAAAAAGACAAAAGAACCCACAUUUACACUCUAGAACAGCUGUCUAAGGGUGAAACCCACGACGACCUGUGGAACUCUGCUCAGAUUCAGCUAGUGAAGGAAGGCAAGAUGCAUGGGUUCCUCCGCAUGUACUGGUGCAAGAAGAUCCUGGAGUGGACCCCCUCGCCUGAAGACGCCUUGAAGUACUCCAUAUACCUGAACGAUCACUACAGCAUAGAUGGACGGGACCCUAAUGGAUACACAGGCUGCAUGUGGUCGAUAUGCGGCAUCCACGAUCAGGGGUGGGCAGAGCGCGCAGUGUUCGGUAAAAUCCGGUUCAUGAACUACGAGGGAUGCAAACGCAAGUUUGAUAUCAAGGCUUUCAUCGCUCGAUAUGGUGGGAAGGUCCAUAAGUACGUACCUAAGAAAUGAGUUUCUUAUCGAUGUUGAGUGAUAAUGAUAAGUUUACAACUAUAUUCUCAAGAGUUACCUGUUACCUGUUGUGUGUACCUUUUAAAUAAAUAAAUAAGUUUUCAGAGGUACAGAAUAGCAAGAUAAACAAGUAUCCACGUUUCAUCGAGUUAUAAUAGGCCAAUGUGAUAGUCGGUUGGUGAACCAUAUCGCCGUCAUCAUAAAAUUUUCGUAAUGAUCUUUUUUUAUCGAUUCGGUGAGGCGUGAGUUUUAGUUCAUUAUGCGGUGGACGUAUUGGGAAUAUAGGCGUAAGCUUGUUGUUUUGAGCACAUAUUUAUCAUAAAGCGAAAUAAUAUACUGAAUCCUACUACAGUAGACAUAUUGGAGCAUAUACGCGUCUAUCGUUGGAAAUGUCUUCUCAGUUCGUCUCAGCCGGCGGGGACGUAUUGAAGUAGCAUUUCGAGAUACGCCGGCUAUUAUUGUCCAAAGAUCAAGUUAUAACAGGUUACACGAUCCUGAAGUUGUGUAUAUUGUUGUCUUCAUGUGCGUUAUAUACUAUAUCAGUAGCCGAAACCUGCACAUUACGCGCGACGCGAUAUACGAACCAACGCUAUUGGCUACGUGAUAAACCAGUUCUAUUGGUUCAAAUUUUAAUAUCGCGUCGCGCGAGAUUAUGUUUGUCGCAGGUACGGUCACGAGCAUUAAUAUGUAUAAACUUUGGUACCAUGUCACGUUAACUUUUUUGACAAAUUGAAAUGUUAGUCUCACUAAAUGUCAAAUAUGUUAGUGCGACAGAGUCCUAAAGUGGGUACUUUAUUUCAUAUAGUACCAGUGAUGUGCUGUUCCCGGGAAUGUUCCUGUUGUAAAAACUGUUAUUGGUAAGGACACUGGCAGGUUUAUUUCCAAAUUGUUCUUUCUCUUUCUCUGAUCCUAUCUACCUAUUUCUCUCUGUCUCUCUAUUUAAGAGCUGCGCUCUUGUCAGUGGAGUAAUCGACCAUCGACAUCAUCAAUCAAUUCAUCGUCGAUUGAUCUAUCUACCUUAAGACUAGGUAAUAGAUCUUUUCGCAAAACUUUGUUCCCUAAAUGAGAAUUUUCC